GCCAGUGGCUCGAGCAUGCCGAUGAUGAGCAACAGCAGCUCCAUGGGAAAGUGCGCCUCGAGGCUGAACGGUGCCGCGCCGCUCGUGCUGGCUGCCGUUGUGACGUCGGAGGUGGACAUGGCGUGCAGAGCGAUGAGUGUGAAGUCUUCGUGGGUAUGUCGAGCAGCACUGGCGCCGCAUCCGCGUCCGGCGGCAGCGGCGCCCUCGACGGCAGUCGCGACGCUGCGCCCGGCAGCAGCGGCGGGCCGAGAAGCGCCAGCAGCGGCAGCAACCGCGGCAGCAGCAGCAGCAGCAACGUGGCCCUGCCGCGCUCGCCGCUCAGCGUGGCACUCCUGCUGCCGCUCGGCCUGCUGCUGCUGCGUGCAGGCUUCGUGAACUUGCUGCUCGUGCUCUGCAGCACAGCACUGCUGCUCCUCUCGCCCUGGGUGCGCCUCCUCCUGGCACUGCCUGACGCCGCCGCCGAGCCGCAGUCGCUGCGGCGCUGGGACCCGGCACGCUUCCUGCCGCAGCUGGGCAGCGGACCCCCGCCCAGCGCCAGUGCCGCAGACGACGCCAAGCUGCGCUCGGGCGACGCAUCCGGCCGCGUGCGCCCGCGAGCCAAGCGGCCCGAGGGCAUGGCGCCGCAGCUGCGCCGGCCGCUCGAUGAGCUGACCGAGCUCGUCGUGCGCGACUUUAUCUGCUCCUGGUACCAGGGCCAGACGCUCUCCCACCCCUCUUUCCCGCGCACGGCGCACUUUACCAUCGACGAGGUGGUGGACAGCGUGCAUGCGCGCGUCAGUGCGAGCACGCGCAGUGUGGAUCUCGCAUCGGAGCUCCUGCACACCACCACCUCGGUGCUCUACACUGUGAUGCGCGCCCGGCGGGCGAACCCAGCAAACAUCUCGACAGGCCUGUGGCCGAACUCGGCGGCGCGUGUGGAUGCUCUGCGCGAUGCUAUUGCGGCGCUGCUGGAGCGGCAUCUGCCGCGCGAGGAGCAUGGCAGUGCACUGGUGCGCGAGCUGCUUCGCGAGGUGGCUACGCGGAGACUGUGGGAUCUGGUCGGCGCCCUCGGCGAACCCGACUUCAUCAAUCGCAAGAUCGUGGAGUGGGCCGACAAGCAGGCUGAGGGCUCCGGUGCAGGAGGUGCAGGCGGCGCGGCCUCGCCUGUGUCUCAUCAGCCAGCAUUCGAGGUCGAUCCGGCGCUGCUUGGCCAGGCGCGGCAAGAGGCCGGACUCGAUCCGAUGACUGCCUCGCCGCGGCCAGAUGAGCCGGUCUCGGCGCGCACGGCGGACCUGCUUGCGCCCUCGGCCGCCGCAUCGCCAUCUCGCACGCCGCUGGGCACGCCCGAGCCCGGCAGCGCAUUUGCUAGUCCCUCGUCCUCUCUCGCUGCGCCGACGACGCAGCAGCCGCGCGCCCACGUCAUGGGCCCCUCUGUGUCGCCUGCGCCACGCACGACUCAACCUCGCGCCAUGGCGAUGCCGAGCCCGGUAGUGCGGUCUUCCAUGGAUCAAGCUCGGCCUUUUGGCACGCCCUCGCGCGGCGCCACGCCCAGCCCGGUGCCACUCGCCGAUGCAGCACGGCGAAGCAACGAGCUGCGCCGCAGCGCAGACGUCGACAGCAGCGGCGGUGCGCAGUACGCAGCCGUGGAGUCGCAGCCGCCGCCAGCUCCCACAAUGGGCCCGCCAGCACUGCCAAAACGAACGCCGCAGCCCGCGCGGCCGGCGGCGACGUUCGAUGAGAAUGACGUGUUGUCGGGCGCCGGCACUGCUCUGCCCAUGGACAUCCCGCGUGGCAUCCCCGAGCCCGAGCUGCCAGAGUCCUUGCGCGCUUCGAUGCGCGACCCCUCUGCGGCGACUAGCUCGCACAAGCGAAUAAGCAGCGUCGAUUCGCAGCGAAGCGCCUCCUCGGCGCAGGGCUACACGAUUCGUGAGGACGAGGGACCAGCGCCUGCAGCCAAGCCUCCGCCGCUGCCGCAGCGCACCAUGUCUCCAGCCUCUGCGCGCUCGUCGGUGCAAGGCACGCCCGGCUCGGCACGCAAAGCCUCGAGCGGCGUGCCGCCCAUGCCGCGCGCGCCACCUUUGACGCACGUGCUGACACGCUCGGACAGCGAGCCGCUCUCGCGCCUGCGCGACGCCUUUGAGGCGUGGCUUGAGCGCGGCGGACCGGUGCGCGCCGAGGACGGGCUGGCGCUGAGUGUGCGACGUGGCGAGGGAGAGGCACUGCUGAGGCUGCACAUUGGACUGUCGACUAUUGCACGACUCGUUCCGGAGGACGGCGAGCAGGCCGAGGUCUUCCGCCCCGACGCCGUGUCGAUCCUCGGCAAGGCACUCGACUCACUCGCCGAAGCCAGCGCGCAAAGCGAAGUAUUCGCUGCGCUGCAGACGGCCAUACAGCGACUAGAGCAAGGUCCAAGCGCGGGGGGCGUGCGCGAGUCGCUCGGUCCCGUCGAGCGGCUGCUGUGGGCACGCCUAACGGGCCUGUACACGACCUUCUGGCACGAGUCGCACGCGCGCUACGCCCAGGCGACGCCGCCGACGAGCGCCACGGACGCAAGCUCCUCGCGCAUGGGCCGUAUGCCGAGUCAAGACGUCGCUGGCCUCUCGUAUGAGCCGAGACGCAAGCCAUCGGGCGCCGUUGCCGGCGCAUCAUCCGUCGAUGCGGCCAUGCAGGCUCGGGCACCGCCAUCGGCAGACGUCUCGGCACCGCUCUCCUACGAUUCGGCCCCUCGCGCUUCGCUCGAGAGGGCCGCGCCCGGCGCACCAAAUGCGCGUGUGCCGUCUCAGGCUGCACCGCCAGCGCUCAUCGAUGCCGCCGACUCGCCACGGCACUCGUCGAGCGCCGAGCUGCCGCGCUCUGCGACCAUGGACAGCCUCGCUGCACUACCCUCGUCGCUGGUCGUCGCGGUGACGGACGUCUCUGUCAACGCAGAGCGGCCCAAUCGUCCCGUCGACGCACGCACGCUCGAGCUCAUGAUUGCCGUCGAGGGUCUCGCGAACGAGUCGGGCGGCUUCGUGCUCGUGCGGCAAUGGUCCGAGUUUGAGCAACUUGAGAAGGACCUGCGACGCACGCUGGCGCAGCCCGAGCCGGGCAACAACGCCGCCGCCGCCGCUGGUGCAGCCGAGGCGUUUGGCCUGCUCGACGGGCCCGGUCGUCUGCCGCCGCCGCCCGUACCACUGCCGCAGGCGCGCCGCUCGACGAGCUCGGGCAUCUGCAACGCCACGGAGCGCUACCUGCAGGCACUGCUCAGCAGCCACGCACACGUCACCAGUGCGCCGGUGCGGCAUUUCCUCGACAAGACGCGUGCGGGAGCGCCGGCUGGACCACGCUCGAACGCGCUCAUCAACAGCCUUGGUCUCGGCGCCCGCACGUUCGCGAGCGGCGUCGGCGGCCUGGGCAAGACGGCCAUGAACACGCUGCAGCUGCAGGGCAACGCCAGUGCCGCUGCCUCAGCGACGCGACGAGGCGUGGCUGCGCUGCCCGACGCUGCUCUCGGCGCCGCCGGCACGCUCGCGGCGCUGCCCGUCGCCGCUGCAUCGGGCCUGGUCGACGCGCUGGACCCUCAAGAGCCAGCGACGCCCGACUUCCUCACGCAGGCCAAGCCGCCCAUCGUGCGCAAAGCGACGCCGCUCGAGGACGGCGCGGCAGCAGCCGAGCUGCGCGCCGUCACUGCCGAGGCGCGCGCUGCGCAGGAUGCGCAGGAGGGCAAAGAGCCGCCUCCGUCUGCGGAGCUGAGCCAGCGGGAUCUCGACGCACUGCUCGCGUCCGUCUUUGCCGUCGCCGACGAGGCCUUCAACAUCUCUGGCGGCUGGACGCUGCGCCGCGGCAUGCUGCGCGUGCUCGAGCAGGUCGUGCGUGCCAACUACGCCAGCAGUAUCUUGGGAGUCUUCAACACCACCUCGUCGGCCCUCUCGUCUGCGCAACUGGGCGUCUGGGUCGACGAGCUGCGGGAGAAGUACUGGCCCGACGGCAAGUGGAGCGGCGCGCCGGGCGAGGAACGCACGCCUGCGAUGCGCGCCGAGACGGCACGCAGGGCGCGCGCGGUGUGCAUCGGCCUGGCGCCGCCGCAGGCUGGCUACUUCCUCGGCCCGGGAGGCAAGGUGUCGUGCGAAAAGGCGCUCGCGACGGUGCACGAGACGAUCACGUCGCCCGUCUGCUCGCUCGACCUGGCCCUCACCGUCACGCUGCGCCUGCUCGACGUGGCAGUGCGAUAGCAAUCAUGACUCCCCAUCUCACGACUCCUCACUUGCCAUGCCCCCGCCCUCGCAAUGCAUCUGCUCUACACUCGAAGCAGCCGAGAGAUGCACGGGAUAUAUUUGAGUGUGCCGGCCAGCGGCAGGAGACUAGAGCAGGUACACGGCCGCACCGGCGAAGAGCGCCGCGAGGCCGGCGCUGGGC